AUGUUUGAGUUAGAUUAACUGGUCCAACCAUUCAGGAAAUUAGUUUUGUCAAUUGCUAAAAUAGAAACACUUAGCUCUUAGAUACCUACAUUAUUUAAGCUUGAUAUUUAACAUGAUAAUUUUGAUAUGUCUGAAACUUCUAAGUUAAAAGAAAUUCCUUAUGGUAAUACAUUAAAUUAGUUAAAGCCUUGUAUUCCUAAGAUAAUAUCAGGUAUAUUUUAAAAUUAUUUAAAAGAGAAAUCUACAUAAGAAGAAGUAGGUGGAGGAUAAACUUUAAGGAUUGUAUAAAAUACAAAUGCAAAUCCAGUGUAUUAGGUAUGA